AGUCAAAAUAGUCCCGCAGUCGACGUCGAAACGCGAUCACGAAAACGCGCGAUCGGACUCGGUUGUGGGUGCACGCGGGAAAAAGUUUGGUGAAUACGAAAUUGUAAUUCAAAUUUAAGUGCGGACCAAACAAAAACAAAUUCAACAAAAUGGCUAUGCGUGGCAAGGAAAGUGAAAAUGGCGUAUACGAAUUUCCGUAUAUGAAGCCCCCACAACGAAGCGCAUGGGAGUCCUUUAGAACUGGCUGCUACGACUCGAAAAACGGUACCGUCCUGGGCCGUAACGGAAAAAGCUGGGCUCAAAUUUUAUUCUUCUAUCUAAUAUUUUACGCUGUAUUGGCGGCGUUAUUUUCGAUAUGCAUGAAGGGAUUACUCUCAACCAUUGACGAGCGUGAACCCAAAUGGAAGAUGGAUAGUAGUCUGAUUGGUAAUAAUCCCGGUCUGGGUUUCCGCCCUAUUUCAAAUCGCACUGAGGAAGGUUCGCUGAUCUGGUUUAACUCACGCAAUGCUACCAGCAUUCAAAAGUGGGUGGGCUUCACUGAAGAUUUCAUGCAACCCUACAGGGAAGCCAGCACGGGUAAGAACCGUGUAAUCUGCGAUUUCGACAAGAUGCCCACUGGUGAUCAAGUGUGUCAUGUGGAUCUCGAUAAGUUCGGAGCUUGUGGUCCAAAGAACCAUUAUGGUUUCAAUAGCUCAUCACCUUGUAUUUUCCUUAAAUUAAACAGGAUUUUCGAUUGGGUUCCGGAUUACUAUGAUGACCCCAAAAACUUGCCCGAAAAUAUGCCUCAACAAUUAAAGGACAAAAUCGUAGGACUUCCUCCUAGCCAACGUAAACAAGUAUGGGUCAGCUGUAUUGGCGAACAUCCUGCCGAUAAGGAACACGUCAGUCAAUUCGAAUAUCUCCCUUCGCAGGGAUUUCCAUCAUAUUACUACCCUUACAGGAACGCCCCUGGUUAUCUUAGCCCAAUUGUAGCUGUACAGAUUCGUCAACCUACACCAAAUGUCCUCAUCAACAUCGAAUGCAGAUCGUGGGCGAAAAACAUCAACUAUCGCGGUGGUAAUCAACGCGAAGGAUCUGUACGUUUCGAAAUUAUGCGUGAUAUAUAAACCACGCCUGCAAUUGAUACACCACCGCCAUAAUCAGCUAAGCACCGCCCACGCCAUCCAAAGCAUGUUGUUAAUGAAGAACAAAACUGUCGGUCGGAGCUUUUUGCUUUUACAGACACGGGCAGCCGAUAUAAAAUAUGUGCUAAUUUUUGAAACCGUUACGAGUGCCUAUCAUAAUAUUCGUUUGCAGACGAAACAAAAAGAUGUUGUACAUUAGUGUAAUUAAUAACUGUCCCAAGAGAAAUUAUUUAUCAUUUUACCUCGUCGUGUUUGUUUGUGUAGCCUAGAUAGUAAGAUUUGUGAACGAUAAUAUGUACCAAUACCAAUGUAUUUUAAUUUAAUGCGCAGAUGAUGAUUAUCACUUAAUUUCUAAACGAUUGUCAUUGUUUCCACGCGUGCAAAGCACAUGAAUGCAACUUGUGUUUCGAGUAGUGUGUAGUUUGUAACUUGUACAGUAUAGUCUCAACAAUCCGGAAGUUAAUUUAAAACGAUUGUAAUAUACUAUAUUAACAUAUAUUUUUAUGUGGAUUUAAACGAGAUGUAUUUUAGGCGUUCCGGAUUGCAGAGAAUAUACGUUAGUUAUUUAAUGAAGUAUACUAGAUGCUGUUAAUUAUUGUACGAAAACCGCAGGGCAUGCGAGUGCCUAUUUUUAUUAUUUAGUUUGUAUGCGAAUUGUACAAUUAGGUUGUGAUUAUUUGUUAUAUUUAAUUACUUUACAACAAAGAAUGUCAGAAAAUAAAGCAGAAUGCCUUUGUGAUUGAAA